GCCCAGCCACUGGGUCUGUCCGGGGGCGCCACGCCCGGGGACACCCAUGUGGCUCCCCAGCCCCCCACAUACUUGGAGCAGAGGCUCACACACCACCACGCCUCCCCGCCCCGCCCGCCCAGAGCUGCUUCUAGGUCAGGCUCAGGCAUGACUUCCUGGGAGGAUCCGUGGCCGGUGCUGUGGCCGGGCCUGCUAAGGGCUGUGUGGCAGCCAUGGCUCGGGGGGUGUGGGGCCGGGCCCGGGCAGGCCCUGUGGGGGCCCUCACCCUGACAGCUCUGGCUGAGGGGAUCCAGGCCAACCAGGGGCAGCCCACCAGACCCCCUCCCCAGGGCCCUCAGCCCCAACCUGAACUCCAACCUGAGGCAGAGCCUGGAGGUGUAGCCGCAGCCACCCCCACAGCUGCCGGGGAACCCCACUCCCCUCCCCAUGGGCAGGAGUCAGCCCCUGAGGGGGCCCAUCAGGCCCCCCAGUGCUCCUGGGAGGAGGGGGCCCUCUCUGACCUGGCGCUGUACAUGGCGGCCUGCCUGGAAGAGGCUGGCCUUUCAGGGACACAGGCGACGGCGCGCGCCCUGUCCUCAGCCCUGGAAGCCCGGGGGCAGAGGCCGGAGGACCAGGUGCACGCCCUGGUGCUGGGGCUGCUGGCGCAGGUGCCCAGCCUGGCCGAGGGGAGGCCCCGGCGAGCGGCCUUGCGGGUGCUGAGCUCGCUGGCCCUGGAGCACGCUCGGGACGUGGUGGGCGCGCUGCUGCCCUGCUCACUGCCCCCGGACCGGGCCGCGGCCGAGCUGUGGCGCAGCCUGAGCCGGAACCAGCGUGUGAACGGGCAGGUGCUGGUGCAGCUGCUGUGGGCGCUGAAGGGCCGGGCGGGACCCCAGCAGGAGGCACUGGCAGCCACGCGCGCCCUCGGGGAGAUGCUGUCUGUGUCCGGCUGCGUGGGCGCCACGCGGGGCUUCUACUCGCACCUGCUCCUGGCGCUGGUCACACAGCUGCACGAGCUGGCCCAGGGCCCACGCUCCCCCGACGCCCACAAGGUUUGGGCCCCCUCUGACCGUGGACCACCGCACAGCCACGCCAGCUGCGCCGUGGAGGCCUUGAAGGCCCUGCUCACUGGGGACGGCGGCCGUAUGGUGGUCACGUGCAUGGAGCAGGCUGGAGGCUGGAGGCGGCUGGCAGGAGCCCACACCCACCUGGAGGGUGUCCUGCUGCUGGCCAGCGCCAUGGUGGCCCACGCGGACCACCACCUGCGGGGCCUCUUCGCGGAUUUGCUGCCCCGGCUGCGCAGCGCGGAUGACACUGAGCGCCUCACGGCCAUGGCCUUCUUCAUCGGGCUGUUGCAGAGCUGGCCCACCGCGCGGCUCCUGCGGGAGGAGGCCAUCCUGGAACGGCUGCGCGCCUGGCGGAGCGACCCCGAGCCCACCGUGCGCUGGCUCGGCCUGCUGGGCCUCGGCCACCUGGCGCUGAACCGCGGGAAGGUGCGGCAUGUGCGGGCGCUGCUCCCCGCGCUUCUGGGCGCCCUGGGCGAGGCCGACGCACGACUCGUGGGCGCCGCGCUGGGCGCACUACGGAGGGUCCUGCAGCAGCCGCGGGCGCCCGUGCGGCGCCUGAGCACCGAGCUGGGGUCCCGCCUCCCUCCGCUGCUGGACGACGCCAGGGACUCGGUCCGCGCCUCGGCGGUCGGGCUCCUCGGGACGCUGGUGCGGCGGGGCCGGGGCGGGCUCCGCGUGGGGCUUCGAGGGCCCCUGCGGAAGCUGGUGCUGAGGAGCCUGGUGCCGCUGCUGCUGCGCCUGCAUGACCCCAGCCUGGAUGCUGCCGAGAGCUCAGAGUGGACGCUGGUGCGCUGUGACCGGGCCCUGCGCUGGGGCCUGCUGGAGGAGAUGGUCACUGUGGCCCACUACGACAGCCCCGAGGCCCUGAGUCACAUCUGCCACCGCCUGGUUCAGUGGUACCCGAGCCAUGUGCCCAGCUUCCUGAGCCAGACCCAGGGCUACCUGCGGAGCCCACAGGACCCCCUGCGCCGGGCGGCGGCUGUGCUCAUAGCAGCCCCAGCCGCUUCAGCCAGGACCUGCUGGACUCCCUGUUCCAGGACCUGGGGCAGCUGCAGGGCGACCCCGAGCCGGCCGUGGUCGCCGCGGCGCAAGUAUCCUCCCAGCAGGUGGCGCUGCUGGCCCGCGCGCAGGGCAGUGGGCAGGGCCUGCGCUUGCCCCGCCUCCGCCUGCGCCGCGCCCGCCCCGCCCGGCCCCCGCCCGUCUACCCGGACAACCCCUUCCAACGCGCGAGCCUCGCGGGCCGGUGGUGCUGCUCCCGACCCGGCCGAGCCUGACCCCAUGCCCUUCGUCCUCCGGGGGGUCUGGGCAUCUGAGUCGGGCGCCCCACCGCUCUGUGGGCAGCCUGGGCCUGGGCCUGGGCGCGGGUGUCACCCCACCCCAAACCCGCCCCAGCCCCGGCAAGGCCUGCUGCACCCGGACUCCUCCGUAGGAGCUCCCCACCGUGAAGGCCACGUUCCUGCAGGGACAUCAGCGCGCUGUGCGCACCGUCCACCCUCAGACCCGUGCACCCGUGGGCCACCCGUCCCUCCCAGGGCCUGCUGCUCUCCCAGCCCCUGGCCCAGACCACACCUGGCCGGCCACGCCGGGCUCUGGUGGAGGACACUGUGAAGCCGAAAGAGCCCCGUGAGCUGCUGCCCGAUGGGCUGCCUCCUCCUGGCCCUCGCCGGGCCUCCACUCCCUGCAGCCCUGCACCCCCUACCCUGUGCCCCCCCCUCUCCAGCCCAUGUCCUGGCCUGUGUCCUGGCCUGUGCACACCUGGGGCCCUGGGCCCGCACCAUUCCCCGCGCACGUCCCUGCUCCUGGUCACAGCGUCAGACGCCCUCCGAGCCUCCUCCAGACGGGCCACUGAGCCACCCACGGGACACCCUAGGCCUGGCGCUACACCUGUGGGUGCCGAUGGGGCGCUGGCCUCAGCACCUCACCAGACCGAGCCUGCUUGCUGGCACCCAGCGCCCUGCAAGGGUUGAGCGAGGAGAGCAUGACUGAUGGGCAGGGCGGAAGCCCUCCCCAAGCUGCUGCCUCAGAGGGGCUGGGACUCACCCAGCCUGGUGGAGGCUGGGCAGCCCCUCCGGGCUGGGGCCCUCAGGAAGGCCUGGGGUCCGGCCCCCUCGGCGGAAAGAGCCUGAAGUAAACACAUGUGAUCGAAGGGGUCCCGUCCCGUCUGUCUAAGGCCGGGGUCUGGGCCUUGCGGAGAUGGGGCUCAGGCGGGGGUGUAGAUAAGGCCGCGUGUGGGCAGGAGUAUGCGGGGGGAGGGCUUGGGGGGGCUGCCCAGGACCGUCUUUGCCCGGGGCCGCAGGCAGCGUCUCGGGCCCAGAAGCAGCCCGUCUGCAGCGCUUUUCACUGCUUCCCAGACCUGGGCUGCUCCCGACCCCUCACCUGGCUUUUGCCUUUCAAGUCGCCCCACGAGGGUCCCCAGAGGAGGCCGGGGCCCCGGAGAGACAAAUGGGCUGGAGAGGCCUCGAGCCUCUUCUCCGUGUGGGGUCCAUUUCUAGGGGUUUCCUGUCCCUGGGUCUGGCAUGUCGGGGGGCACUGUCUUCUGUUUUCACGUGAAAGUCCCUGUUGGGCUUGGACCCUGGGUUUGUGUGGGGUUCAUGUCCCAGCCGAACCCUGGAACCCAGGGCCUCCUCUUCGGUGAAUCCUGAAGCUGCCUGUCCCGUGAGGGGGCCCCGCCCACUGAGGGGAGGAGGGCAGACUCCCAGCUGAUCAGUAACCAUCUGUCCUCACGCACGGCCACUCCAGGGCGCUGGUCCGCAGUGCUCUGGGUCCUGUGACCUCAGAGCAGAUGUGCCCGAUGAGGCGCGGACGGGGGCCAGCGGCUCGGGCUCGGGUCCCUGCCUCCCCGGGGGCCUCAGGCAGCCCCAGGAGUGCAGGGUCUGUGCACUGCUCACCACACGUGCCCGGUCCCUUUGGGCCCCUCAGGCUGAGGAUGGGCCCCCUGCCGUGGUGUGUCCUCAGGGUCCCUGAGGCAGGGGGAGAACUGUGCUGGUGGAACUGCCCCCACC